UGUGAUGUCACUCAGCAUCAUGGUGCCCUCAAAGGUAUCCACCACCACCACACGUUUUUGUUGCGUCUCUCCAUUUACCAUUUGCGAGUAAGUUGCCGGUACUAAGAUAUUCUGUAGUCCAGGUGCACAGGUAAGACAGCAGAGAUGGACUCGUAUGGCAUAUUUGGCGACCGCUUGGUCCCCGGUGCCCGGUUGUACUCGGCGUCCACCAGCUACAAGGUGCUGUCGUUACUCAGCAGCGGUACCUUCGGGAAAGUGGCCAAAUGCCGCAAAAUGGAUAGCGACAAGACGGUGGCGGUGAAGAUGAUUAGGAAUCAAGGCAGCUUUGCAGAGCAGGCCAAGAUUGAGAUUGACACGCUGCAGAAAGUAAAAAUGCUGCAAAACUCGAAAAGACAUCUAGUUCUGUGGAAACGAGUCUUCAGCGACAUGGGGCACAUUUGUCUGGAGUUCGAGUAUCUGGACAAGAGUCUUUAUGACCUCAUGAGAGAACGACAAUUCAAACAUCUUCAAGUGAAAGAGAUUCGACCCAUGCUCCAUCAGCUGGCCAGCGCUCUGGACCACUUGAAGCGUGCUCAUAUGAUUCAUGCGGACAUCAGGUUGGACAAUGUCAUGCUGAUCAACCACCAGCGGCAACCGUACAGAAUCAAAAUCAGUGACCUCUGCUUGGCCCAAGGCGCUUCGGCCACCAAACACAACUCCAAUGUUCAGAGCCACACAUACUGGUCUCCAGAGAUCUUACUGGGGGCCCCAUACACUGAGGCAACAGACAUGUGGUCUGUCGGUUGCGUGGCGGCUUUCCUCUACAUCGGCACUCACAUGUACCCUGGCAAGAAGGAAUAUGAAACGAUAAAGUACAUUAUGGAGACUCAAGGUCCCUUUCCAGAGGACAUCCUAGUCUCUGGAGAAAAGACUGGGGACUUUUUCCAUAGGGACAACAAAACCAGUUCGUGGAGACUGAAGACGCCAGAAUAUUACCAACAAGAGACAGGAUUUGCAGCGCGAGACACCCGAAAGAUAAAGCUGACGUCUCUCAAUCACCUUCAACAACUCCAGCCUUGGGUUUCCGAUGCCCAGUAUCCCGCUGACAAAGACGUGCACGCAGACGACAAGCAGAUGUUUGUGGACGUGCUCAAGGGAAUGCUCCACCUCAACGCAUCCCAGCGACUGACUCCGCGUCAAGUCCUGGCACAUCCGUUCGUCACCAUGAGCCACCUGAAGCUUCAUCGUGACGUCAGCCAGCACGCAAAGUCGUGCUAUGAGUUAAUGUCUCACUGCAAGAAGGAAACAUCUCGCAUGAGCAAAAGAAAAUCUUCAACUUUGCAGAGAUCUUCCUCAAAAAGCAGCCAGAAGAAGAAAACCUCCACCACAAGAAUCCACAAGAAGUCCCAUGAUGCCACAUGUCAUCAUCCCGCCAAAAGACAAAAAAGUGGCGAUGAAGACGACCGCACCAAUCAAGCUAAACAACCUGCUGCCGAACGAAGCCUCACCCGGCUCUCGAUUCACUCGAGACUUAAGUCUAAGGAUGCAAAGUACAUCAAGCUGAAAACCAGAUUUGCGGCACGCUUCAUGGAGGAGCAAAGCGCGAUGGAUGAAAACCAGACUUUUCAACGUGCUCCAACUCCGAACCACCAGCAACAACAUCAUUACUGUUCUGAACCAGGAACAAAGGCCUGGGCCCUGGGGAAGGAUCUUCCUAAAGGUGUACUAUUAAGAAAAAAGUAGGGGCGCAACUAAUGAUUUUUUUCAUUACCAGAUAAUCUGUCGAU